AUGUUUGGAUUUGGAUUUGGAUUUGCAUUUGCAUGUGGACGUGGACGUGGACGUGGACGUGGACGUGGACGUGGACGUGGACGUGGACGUGGACGUGGACGUGGACGUGGACGUGGACGUGGACGUGGACGUGGACGUGGACGUGGACGUGGACGUGGACGUGGACGUGGACGUGGACGUGGACGUGGACGUGGACGUGGACGUGGACGUGGACGUGGACGUGGACGUGGACGUGGACGUGGACGUGGACGUGGACGUGGAUGUGGAUGUGGAUGUGGAUGUGCAUAA